CACCGUGGGCUUUGCUUUCAGGGAGCAGCAUAGGCCCUGGGGGGUCAGUCAGAGGGAGCUCUGGCUGCCAGCUAUUGCUCUGGGGGUGUCUGGGACCAAGGAUGAUCCUGGGUAUGGGGAAGGACCGGGUACCAUGAAGCCAGCGCGGGAUGUCACCCUUUGGUGGAUGCUACUGCUGGUGCUCAGGCUGGGGACUGCCAAGAAGGGGUCCCCAGAAGAGGCCUCCUUCUACUAUGGAACCUUCCCACUUGGCUUCUCCUGGGGUGUGGGCAGUUCUGCCUACCAGACAGAGGGUGCCUGGGACCAGGAUGGGAAAGGGCCCAGCAUCUGGGAUGCCUUCACACACAGCAGGAAAGGGAAGGUGCUCGGGGAUGAGACAGCCGAUGUGGCCUGUGAUAGCUACUACAAGGUCCAGGAGGACAUCGUUCUGCUGAGGGAGCUGCAGGUUAACCACUACCGAUUCUCCCUGUCUUGGCCCCGGCUCCUGCCCACAGGCAUCCGAGCUGAGCAGGUGAACAAGAAGGGAAUCAAAUUCUACAGUGAUUUUAUCGAUGACCUUCUGAAGAUCAACAUCACGCCCAUCGUGACCUUGCACCACUGGGACCUGCCCCAGCUGCUCCAGGUCAAAUAUGGCGGGUGGCAGAACGUGAGCAUGACCAGCUACUUCAGUGAUUACGCUGAUCUGUGCUUCGAGGCCUUUGGGGACCGGGUGAAACAUUGGAUUACAUUCAGUGAUCCUCAGGCAAUGGCAGAAAAAGGCUAUGAGACAGGCUACCACGCACCUGGCCUGAAGCUCCAUGGCACUGGCCUGUACACGGCAGCACAUCACAUCAUUAAGGCCCACGCCCAAGCCUGGCAUUCUUAUAACAGUACGUGGCGCAGCAAGCAGCAAGGUCUGGUGGGGAUUUCACUGAACUGUGACUGGGGGGAACCUCUGGACAUUAGUAACCCUAAGGAUGUAGAGGCUGCUGAGAGAUACCUACAAUUCUGCCUGGGCUGGUUUGCUAACCCCAUUUAUGCUGGUGACUACCCUCAAGCCAUGAAGGACCAUAUUGGAAGAAAGAGUGCAGAGCAAGGCCUGGAUAUGUCAAGGUUACCAGUGUUCUCACUCCAGGAGAAGAGCUACAUUAAAGGCACAUCUGAUUUCUUGGGAUUAGGUCACUUUACUACUCGAUAUAUCACAGAAAGGAUCUACCCCUCCCGCCAAGGGCCCAGCUACCAGAACGAUCGUGACUUAAUAGAACUAGUUGACCCAAAUUGGCCAGAUCUGGGGUCUAAAUGGCUAUAUUCUGUGCCAUGGGGAUUUAGAAGGCUCCUCAAUUUUGCCCAGACUCAAUAUGGUGAUCCUCCCAUAUAUGUGACAGAAAAUGGAGCAUCUCAAAAAUUACACUGUACUCAAUUAUGUGAUGAAUGGAGAAUUCAUUAUCUUAAAGGAUACAUAAAUGAAAUGCUGAAAGCUAUAAAAGACGGUGCUAAUGUAAAAGGGUAUACUUCCUGGUCUCUGUUGGAUAAGUUUGAAUGGGAGAAAGGAUACUCAGAUAGAUACGGAUUCUACUAUGUCGAAUUUAAUGACAGAAAUAAGCCUCGCUAUCCAAAGGCUUCAGUUCAAUAUUACAAGAAGAUUAUCACUGCCAAUGGGUUUCCCAGUCCAAGAGAGGUGGAAAGUUGGCACCUCAAAGCCCUGGAAAUUUGCUCUAUCAACAAUCAGAUGCUUGCUGCAGAGCCUUUGCUUAGUCACAUGCAAAUGGUUACGGAGAUUGUGGUUCCUACAGUCUGCACACUCUGUGUACUCACUGCUGCUGUUCUGCUCACGCUUCUCCUAAGGAGGCAGAGCUGA